UUUGGGACAGCCUGUCACACAUCAUCCCUAUAGCCUCACCAACUGGGAAACUAACUCACCUGCAAUCCCUGCAACCAAAUACCCCCCCACCACCACCACCACCACCACCACCACAACGCUGUCUUCCUCUUUUUCCUUAUUUUUUUUACCAAUUUUUAUUUUGACUACUGCUCAUCUGACAUGGAGACCCAGCAAAGACACGGACAGCACUCACUUUGCCACACCUGCCGGAGAGCGGAGAGCAGCCGACUGAAGGUCCAGAAGAUGUCCUCGUCCGGUCGCGUCCUGCUGCUGGCCCUGGCCCUGGCUCUCUGCGCGGUGGACAUGUCCUCGGCGGAGACGCUGUGUGGAGGAGAGCUGGUGGAUGCGCUGCAGUUCGUCUGUGAAGACCGAGGCUUCUAUUUCAGUAGGCCAACCAGCAGGGGCGGCAACCGGCGCCCCCAGAACCGUGGGAUCGUAGAGGAAUGUUGUUUCCGUAGCUGUGACCUCAAACUGCUGGAGCAGUACUGUGCCAAACCCGCCAAGUCCGAAAGGGACGUGUCGGCCUCCUCUCUACAGGUCAUUCCCGUGAUGCCCGCACUAAAACAGGAAGUCCCGAGGAAGCAGCAUGUGACCGUCAAGUAUUCCAAAUACGAGGUGUGGCAGAGGAAGGCGGCCCAGCGGCUCCGGAGGGGCGUCCCCGCCAUCCUGAGGGCCAAAAAGUUUCGGAGGCAGGCGGACAAGAUCAAAGCACAGGAGCAGGCAAUCUUCCACCGGCCCCUGAUCAGCCUGCCCAGCAAACUGCCGCCCGUCUUGCUCGCCACGGACAACUAUGUCAACCACAAAUGAGCCCGCUGCCAGCCCUUUGCACAGACAAGAGUUUGGAGGGAGAAAAAAAAGACUAGGGGAUUAUAGCUUUGUCUCUGACGUCAUUUCUGUGGCAGUCCUCUCUGACCUCCCCUGCCCUGUCCGAGCCCACCAAUCCCUCCCCCUGCUCUCAUCCACUACUUCUUGACCCUCUGGCCCUUUUCUAUUGCCCCCGUCAAACCCACCCACCCACCCUCCUCCGGCACACAAACAUGCCUUCACAUUCUUCCUGUCUGAAGUCUUUCGCUCCCUCUCUUUCAGUCACUGACACAAAAGGCACAAACACAAAUGAUGAACAAAAAGUUAACAAUUCGGCUGAAUGCAAUUCAGGUGGAUCCUUAAGCAAAAGAGAAAAGGGAAGGGAGAGAAGAAGAUGAAAGAGAUCCGUGGUUCGCAAGUGUCAAGAGGACACCCAGCGGAAUGUUUUUUUGUCCUUGCGGAAGACAACUGAAAGUGAAGAGCAGCUUGCAUGAAAGAAUCCAUUCCACAUCAUUUUUCCUGAGGCAAAAAGAAAAUCUCUGUUAGUUCUUUUUCUUAUUAGUUUGCACCUCUACCUAUAAAGGGACUUCCACACUGUAAGGAAUUAUUUUGUAAAAUUAGAUUCCUGUUCCAGCACCUUUUGAUCACAAACAAAAAGCAGAAAAGAGUCUGCAAAAUUGCACAUUGCCACGGAUUACGUCAAAGUAAAGAAAAAAAUGGCACUAUUUUUUUAUGAACAAUGAACGUGUAGCUUAAAAAAAUGUCAUGGUGCUAGCUUUGGGAAUGGACUCAAAGAAGAGGUUGAAAAGCACGUUUUUUUUUUUCUUUGAAUGAAUAUUAAAACUUUCCGUUUUAAGGAAAGUGUGACUUUAAAAAAACGGAAAAUAAAGGAUCUGGGGGCGCUCCUGGCAGUGGCAAUGUCAAGGGGGAAGUGUCACUGAGAAAAGAUAUGGGCUGUGUUGGCGUCUGGGCUCGCAGCGAGUGCUAGCGGCUGCUCAUCACUAGCUUGCCAGCAUAAGCGGCAAGAGGGACCUGAGACCCGGUCCCCGUUUCCUCCCGUCCCUCUGAGGCUGCCGGACACAGGGAGCAGCGUGGGGACACAUAUGGGACACCGUGGACCGCCUGGAUUGGGACAGUACUUCAGUUCUGGGACAGUACUUCCUGUUCGCCAUGGCUUUGCAGACUGCUCUGACAGGAAGUAUCAUGGCAUGGACAAAGAGCGAGUGGGAUAAUGAUGAUUAUAUUUUAUUUUGUCUUUUUUUUUUCUGUUUUGUUUUCACAUCAAUGUUUGAAUGAAAAAAAAGGAAAACCCCCGUCAGUUUCUGGUACCGUGACAUUCCUGUUUUUGCAAGUUAGGCAUUUUUUUUUCUGUUUCCAUGGUAAUUAUUAUGAUGUUAUUUUACAGUUCUAAAGAAAGGCACAAAAUUUCAAUUCAAAGGGAAAAAAACAGCAAUAAUGUCAACUAACAUUUUAUUUUGUAUUGUAUAUCAGUAGUAUUCACAUGCUUUUGCCUGAAAACAAAUACUUGAAUAUAUAUAUAUAUAUAUACAUCUAUAUAUAUAUGGAUAUAUACAUACUGUAUAUAUACAUAUAUAUAAAUAUAGAUAUAUAAUUAGUUUCCAGGGACGUUGUGUUAUUUUCCUUUAGUCUGAGCUGUAUCUUGCGUAAUGAGCCGCCAAGCUUUUUUGUUUGUUUGUUGAAAUACAAAUAAGGGCACUGUAUAAAGGCAUUAUUUAUUUUAUUAUAAAAUAUAUUUGAAAAAUUGGUCCAAAUAAUAUACGUAGCACUGAUGCUCAACUGACGGAUUUAUUUUGUAUGAUCUCUGUUUUCCAAUUGGAGUUGUAAGGCUUUUUUGUAGAUGCUUUGUACCAAAAAUAAUGUCUCUUUUUUUUUUUCCUUUUUUUUUGUUUUCCAUAGUUACUAUAAAUUAAUAUUUUAACAGCAGCAUAGCCUGGAUUGCUUAGGCAUCUUAUGUCACAGAAAUAGGCACAUACUCUGAAUACGUUGGGUCUGCAUGGAUUUCCAGAAGCCUGUCAGGGUUGUCUGUGAAAAAGGAAAGCAUCGAUGAGUGAUUUUAUCAUUGGAAAAAAAAAUAACUGUUCAACAUUGAUUGUACUCAAACCCACUAUGUUUUUUUGUUUUUUUUUAAAGCCACUUUAGUAUUGAUGGCGGGGAGAAUGAUCAGUCCUUCAUUAAAUCAUGUCUUUGUAAUUAUGCAUGGUGUCCUAUGGUCUUCUAAGGAGCAUCUUGCGUGUGUGCCAGUGCCACGGCCGCGUGUUGGUUUGGGUCAUGGGGCCGGAAACGUCCAGUCAGCUGUAGAGUAGAGUUAGGGGUUCAGCUCACAUGUGACUUGCACGUGUUGGUGCCCUAAUUGGGGGUAAUGAUGUCGUUAGCGUGACGUUAGCAACCAUCAGAGGUCAACUAAAGGUCAUUGUCUAAUCAGGAGAUCUUAACGUCUAUCUAUCUGUCCCUCUUUCUAUCUAUCUACCUUCUGUCUACCUGUCUGUGUGUCUGUCUAUCUCUAUCUAUCCGUCCUUCACCUAUCUUAUAUAUGUCUUUUACAAAUGUUACAUCUAUCCUUUCUCCUCUCCUCUGUUUGUAGAAGACAAUGUCCCACGAUCGUACACCAUCAGUAUGUAUGUGUGUCGGCGGUGGUGGAGCCGUCGUGCGUUUUGAUGAAGGGCUAACAUGCUGAACCAUUUGUGAAGCACUCAGGAACAAAAAACACAAUCUACGCUCUCCGAGGGAGAAGUGGAGUUAGUCUCCGAGUGUCUAAGUAAUAUCGAGUUGUGGAAGGGCAGCUGGGGUUGUCACCUGUUACCUGGCCACAAUGAUACAGCUCUCUGCAACUAACCACUGAAGCCCAUGUCAGAAACAAGUCAUCCUGUGCCACAUCAUAGUCUCCUCCUCCAUUGUGUCAUGCGUCACCCCAUGAAAUGGAGACUUAAUGGAUACUCGCCAUACUGCGGUGAAGAGUCAACCCAAUACUUUCUAUCUUCUUUCUGUCAGAGAGAUCUCAAUUAUCAAGGCUACGUCCUGUCUCUAAUUAUAUUCUACUUCAGUUGUGCAACAAAGCAGGCAGUGCAAUUAUUAUUAUUAUUGUUAUUAUUAUUGAUAUUAUUAUUAUAUUUUCUAUUUUAUUCAAUAUUUUCCUGCUAGGACUGCAUUCAUUCACUAUUGUAAUGUUCAAACAGGCUACUCUAGUGUUCUUAUGAAUGGCGUGAAAGACAACCACUUCUUUUCGCUGAAUAUGAAGAGAUACAUUGCCGAGCAAUGGCAACUUUUUCUGUGUCAGUAGCUCACUCAGCCUGUGUGUAUUUUAUUGAUUUAACCUCUGCACGCUAGAACGUCCGAAAUGCACAAUUCAUGUACUUUCAUUUUUAAUAUCAAUAAAAAAAAACAUUUUAUCAAACGUACAA